CCCAGCGGGCAGGCGGGCAUCGCGCAGCGGCGGCGGCCCCGCGGGGCCCACGGCAGACUCUCUAAGGAUGAAUGGUUCCAAUGUGGCCAACACAGCCCCCCCUGCAGCCCCCCCUGCAAAAUCCAAGGAGGACCAAGUAGUGAAUGGUCAUGACGAAAAGGAGAGCAACCCCUUUGCAGAAUACAUGUGGAUGGAGAACGAGGAGGACUUCAACCGCCAGGUGGAGGAGGAGCUUCAGGAGCAAGAGUUCCUUGACCGCUGCUUCCAGGAGAUGCUGGACGAAGAAGACCAGGACUGGUUCAUCCCGUCCCGUGACCUGCCUCAAGGCAUUGGGCAGCUUCAGCAGCAGCUGAACGGACUCUCGGUCAGCGAUACCACCCACGGCCACAUCUCGGAAGACAUUUUGAGCAAAAGCACCUUAAACCCGGACGCCAAGGAGUUUGUUCCUGGAGUGAAGUAUUGAGCCCUCAGGCAAACUUCAUAAAGACAUUUUUCUGCCCUGGAUGGAUGGGGAAAUGGGGUGGGGGGGAGCGGGACCCACAAGCAGUGGUGGGAAAGAGACUCUGCCAGGGAAUUGGGGGCCUCUUAAGCUACUUAAUCCCUCUUGUCUUGCUGCGUUGGGACAUUUUGCAACAAGCUGAAGAAAAGUAAUGCUGUCCGUGGGACGGGACAAAGGGCACAUCCGGAUGGGCAUCCUAGCCCCCCUGUUUCCUGUUAAACAAUGACAACCUAGCCUGACCACCAGCAGAUUUUCUGCCCAUACCACCCCUGCCCACCCCUUGGUUAGCUGCUUCCCCCAGCGUGAUUGGGACCUUGCCGCAGGGUAGGCAAAGGUGCCCCCACGGCCUCUUCUCGGUGGACGCUUCCAAGCGCAGCAGGCAGGCCAGGCCCUGCGCCUCAACCACGGUGUGCUUCUGCCUCCCCCAGCUUUGGACCAGCCGCUUCCUCUGUUCGCUUUUGCCGGGGCCGAUCCUUCUUCCAGCCGGGGAGGUUGCUGCUGGGUGGGCCGUGGGCUUCCAUGCGAGCUGGGCCCAGCCCCUGGCCCCUUCAGCCUGUCAGGGCAGGAAGCCUGAGCAUUGGUGAGCUCGCUUGAACGUUCCCUCCAUCCAGUGCCAACUCCUGGGGUUCUCCUUUGGAGGAGAGAGGGGCCCUGGAUUUUCUAGGGAAGUUAAUCUGAAAGGGGUGCUGGGCGUCUGGGAAAGCUCUUGGGCACAGCGCUUGCCAUAAUUUCCUGUCCUCCUGUCUCUUCCCCCACCCUCUCAACUUCCCUCUUCCCAAACAAGAAGCAAACUCUAAAACGCAGCUGCGGACUGGCUGAUCAUUUCCCCCCAAGAGACCCCGCUCUUCUUCCGGGGCUUUAACACCGGGCUGCUCGGUUUGCAGGCGGAAGCCCUGUCCUUUCCUGCCUUCCCAUUCUCUUCCUGCCGUUGCUUCCUGCCCCGGUGAAAAGGACAGUCUGGUGCUCGGCAGAUGGGCACGAGGCUCCCCGGGCCUGGACCCGGAGGGUGAAGGGGGCAGGUGGCGGCAAAGCCCAACCCCUGCGAGCUCCUGCCCAAGCUGUGCCUCUUUGCAAAGCAGCUUCGUGGAGGCCGAGAAUGUUUUGUCGUUCUUGAGCUACCUUUCACAGGAGAGCUCCUGCAGGCUGGUGGUGUCAUCUGCCGGGGAAAAGGCAGGCCACACUUCCUGCUCGGUGAGACCUUUUAUGGACCUCUUUGACAAGCAGAGCUUCCCCACCCCAGAGCCCUCCAAAGGGGUUGGGGCAACCCUACCUAGAAUUCUCUGCCUCGGGUCUGGGUUGGGGGCACCUACGCCAGAGAUUUCCCUUCUGCUUCUUCAGAACAGAAUUGGCUUUGUUUUGGGGAUAAUCUGAACAUCCAUUUGUGCAGCCCACCAGCUUGAUUCCAAGAACUUGUUUGUAGGAGAUAAGCUUGUGGUCAGGGUGGCAGGUGAGACCUCGUCUUCCUCUUUGCUUAAUAAUGCGGCUCCUAACCCACCCACCCGCCAGAAAAAACCUUUGCUGAAGCCAGCCUUCCUCAGUCUGGUCUCUUCCAAAUAGCUCCUCGUUCCCUAUCCGUGGGGCUUUAGCUCAGUCCUGUAGAAAGUGCCGGCAGGGGACGGGCACCCCCUGAGCGAGGCUCCUUUUGUGCAGCUCCUGGCCCACGGGACUGAGCUCGGAGCAGCUCUGAAGGGGUCCGGCCUGCCUCUGCCUCCUUCCCAGGAAAAGGGACGUGGAAGCUUGCACAGAGCUGGGGCAACACCCGGAUCUCUUUCCCCAACUCCUUCCAGGAAAUGUUGACAAAGGAAGUCUCAGUGCUGCAGGCAGGAGCAGAGACAUCGCCCCAUUUCCCCCUUGGUGCCCAGUUGUUUGGGGAGAACAGCAGUGGCUCUGGAUUCUGCUUUUAAGCUUUGGAAAAGAUGCGUGGGGCCUUGGGGCUUGCUUUCCCUAGCCUUGUGACAGGCUUGUUGGAUCUGCAGAACAGUUAGAGCAGAUGCGCAAGGCCCUUCUCCACUGUGCAAGCUCUGAUUUCUUUCUGAGGAAGUCUGUGCAAUUAUGCGCCGCCCAUUUUUACAAUAAUGCAUUCUUCAAUAAAUUGAUUUUGAGCUGGG